AUGCACAGUCUUGCUCGCCCAUUACGUCUCUUCAGCACACACGAUUUCACAAGGCUUUCACUCGCCCCCCACCCGGCGAUUCAUACGCGAUACAAAUCAUACCUUGCUAGGUCCAAUGGCCGUCGGAAACGCAUCGUCGUUGCUGUUACAGGAGCAACUGGUUCGCCCCUAGCUGUUGCUCUUCUCAAACGCCUCCGGGAACUCGAGGUCGAGACGCAUCUCAUCAUGUCGAAAUGGGGAGGGGCAACACUCAAAUACGAGCUCGAAGCCCCAAGAAACACGACUUCAUAUCUAGAAUCUCUUGCUUCAGUCACCCACUCGUCACUAGAUGUCUCAGCUUCACUAUCCUCUGGUUCUUUUCGCACAGACGGCAUGAUUGUAGUUCCAUGCAGUAUGAAGACAUUAGCAGGCAUACGCAUGGGCUACGAUAACGACCUCAUCGUACGAGCGGCAAGUGUGACAUUGAAGGAGAGAAGAAGACUUGUUCUAGUGGCUAGAGAAACACCGCUGACGAGCAUUUACUUGGAGAACAUGCUUGAAGUGACGAAAGCUGGCGCUGUUGUAUUUCCACCAAUGAUGGCCUUUUACACAAGACCGAGUUCUAUCGAUGACAUGGUACAGCAAAGUGUGGUGAGAAUGAUUGACUUGCUGGAUCUAGAAGUCAUUGAUGGGGAUAUGCAGGAUGAAGUCCGUUGGUCAGGGUUUGACUGGGCACGUAAGGGAAAGCAAAACACCUAG